AUGGGCCGCAAGCCCAAUCCCCUCAUCCUUGAGUACUUCGUCCGGGGCCCCAAGCUCAACGACAACAGCAACCGCUAUCCGCACACGUGCAAGCAAUGCGGUGAGAACUUUCCGAAAGGCAGGAUAGACAGCCUGACCACCCAUAUCACCAAGAAAUGUCCCGCCAUCAACGAAUCUGAUCGUAUGCGAGCUUGCCUUGAACUCCAUGGCAUCACAAAUGCCCGAGCACCUGUCGAACGACCGCCCCCUGAAGCGCAGCCGAACGGACAGCCUGUAGACGUCCCCAACCUCCCACAAGGAUGGAGCGCCCUCGAGACGCUCGCCGAAGCAUCGCGGCAGGUCGAUCUUAAUGAGAAUAACCGUGCCCAGAGCGUUCAAGCCAGCGUCGACCCAGCCGAUGCUCAACAUGUCACAGAUCGUUUUGAGCUUCACGAACAGUUCACUCUUGAUAACCCUCCUGUGAGCUACGAGACCCGGCCUCAGCACGGAACCAGGGGCGUGAUUCAACAAUCGCUCCCUGGAGACGAGCUAUCACCCGAAGAGCGACUUCAAGCAUUGCUGCCAAACAGUGUUGCUUCACCCGAUGUCUCGAACAUAUCAGUGGCUGUUGCUGCUACUGCCAGGCUCAACCCGUCUCUCCUUGAUCCACAGCUCGUCAACGAAAAUGGUGGUACCCCGACACCACCACCUCCUAUGGACAUCCCGGCUGCAAUGGAAACCUCACCUAGCGCGGUCACGGCUCCCGAUAAUGGAAUUUCGCAACCUUGGGGCGAGAUGACAUACUUGGCGACGGCUCCGCCAGUUUCCCUUAUGCACGAGCACCCUUCGCCAGCCAUCCAAAUGAACAGAGGUGGUAUCCGGAUGGAUACAAGCGACGGGCAACUCAAUGGGCGGCCCCGCCACGCUCGAUCCCGCUUCAGUGCUGCGCGCCGCAAGGAAGUUCAGGAGGUCCGCAAGAUUGGCGCUUGUAUUAGGUGCAGAAUCCUUCGUAAGAACUGUGGUAAGGGAACGCCUUGUGAUACUUGCCGAAAGGUACUAGCGCCCAGGGUAUGGAGAACUGGUUGCGUACGGACAAGGCUCCAGGAGCAGCUCGAUUUAUACUCGGCUGGAGUACAGGUUGUGCUAUCCCAGAACCGGAUAAACCUUUUGAAAAAUCAGCUGAACAUGACACACGAUGGUACCAUGAUAGAAGUCUCGCACUUCCCCGAGACAGGCAAAGUCAUUGUUCUCGAGGCAUUGGUUGCUCUGCUGGAACCUAGUGAGUCGUUAGCAGAAAGUCGAGGAAGCAAGGAUUCAUUCUUCCAGGUCAUCAUGAUCGACCAGGACAAGGAAGAUGUGCCGGGCAAGGUGGAGACAUACAUGCGCGAUGUCUUCCAGCUUUUCAUUGAUAGGGAACCCUCAAAAUUCAUGCGCGUCACUCUAGAUCUUGCGCUUCAGCAAUUGCAAGAGGCGGAAGACGACCUGCUCAGAAAAUCCCUCGAGCUAUGGGGUCUUGUAGAGAGCAUCGACCGCGAGAGACAGUGGAACGUUAUUGAGCGACCAGCCAACAAGAACGAAGAACCCAGACGCAUUCAGGAGGCCAAAAGCGAGAAUGACGCCGACAUCUACACAACUCUUUGCAUGCAGCUGAACGCGGCAGCUGAACGAAAGGCCAACAACACGUCCAAGGCACUGCUGAGUGGUAUGCACCGUGUACUUCAGGAUAGCAAAGUCAAGGUCAACUUCAAGAUGUACCUGACAGCCGUCAUCUUCCUCAAUUGUCUUGAGAAAUCGACCUGGGCUUUCAAGGCGUGGGAACAAGAUCAUCUCCGCCCUGGGUGGCCUUUAGAACGAGAUCCUGGUGUCUUCACACAGCAGGGUGGCAACCUAGCGGGGCUGCUCAAGAUGCUCCUGGCGAUCCGAAAGGCAUUGCCACAAACACUUCGCGGUGAGACAGGCAAACUGAUCACAUCGGAGCAAGAUCCUGUAGUGGGCGCCUAUUUUCAAAACAUUGAUCUAGACUAUGAUAACAUCCUUGCUCGACAAGAGGGCUCUCCGUUCUCUCCAGCGGACUCUCGAUCUCUUGAGAUGAUGUUCUGCUCUCAUCUUCUCGUCACAAACAUACCCUGA